AUGGCUCCAGAACCAUUGCCACCGGUUGGCUACCUCAGCCGGAAAAGUCUGCCGAUAAAACGGAUGGAUGCUGAGCCUCUGACUCGCGAGGACCUCCAAUACGGUAAAUCGCGUGAUGCGUCCAGCCAUGCUUACCAUUUUAUGCGCGCGCUAGACUUCUUAUUCCACGUAUUUGACAACAACCAGAAUGUGUUUCACUCUCCACAGGGCAAGCUGGUUCCAUUUCGACAACUUUAUCUGGACGCAUUAUAUAGCUCCAAUAAAUGCUCCAAGGUCCUCAAGGACAGGAUGACAGAGUCUCCAGCGUUUGGUAUCGAGUUUAGCAAGAUAGCAUUACUCGUGAACGUCGCAAGGAUCAACACAACCAUGGCUUUCUUCCCAGAGAUGAAGACCGCUUUGCGGACAUAUCACCCAGUUCCAUCCCUCCAGAAGACUGAUGGCAACGCGCAAGAUGCUCCUCGAAUAAAGAACUGUCUCAAGGCUGCUCUCUUGCCCUCCGAAUUCAAAUCUGUGCCUCCGUCUACGCCCGACGAAAUAAUUGCCAAACGCGUCGCUGGCCUACGACCUCCGACUAGCGUUGUGAACCUUAUUUUCGUUCUCUACAACCACGCUGCGCCGACCGCAAAUAGACAUUUUGAUGGCACCAUCAACUUUCUGGAUCUGUUCCUUCCGAAGCCCAUGUCCUCUCCCGACCGCGCCAAUGCCUUUUUAUGGCUGAUCUACCACUACCUCGAAGAUUCAGUUGGUCCCAAUCCUUUCGACGAUGCUUACUCUGCCGCCAACAAAGGCAAGGCACCAGCUAUCAAACGACUGACCAAGGAAGAUCAAGCCCUCGAAAACGUGGACACGCCUGAGGAGAAGGAGUUUGGAAAAAAGAUGACAAAUAUUCGUAAUGACUUUCUGACAAAACUGGUCAUGGGCACUAUUGAUGACCACAAGAAGACCAAAGAUAUCCUGCCACAGUAUACCACAACGAUACCCCCGCCCCCCAAACCAGGAGAACCUUACAAAUACUACAUUCCCGACCCAGAGCGUGAAAUGGCGAAGAAGAUUAGCAAAAUGCGAGGAAAGUUCUAUCAUAAAAUCGCCCGCAUAACGCCACCGCCAGGGGAUGAACGCUCAAUGCUGGACCAGGCAUGGCAUGUGGUCAUGAACCAUGAUCCUUUAGAAGACUCUUCUGAGGAGAGCCAAGACGAGGGAACUGCUAUUGACUAUAGUCGGCGCCUGAGUAUCUUGACACAGCUACGAGCACGAUCACCAACACCCGACCUAACUUUGGUUGACGACGAACCACCGCGCUUCCGGCGCGAUAUUGAAUGGGACUAA